CACAGACAGGGCGACCUGGGAGAGAGAAGGGCUGUGGCGAUGCCUUCCGGGGCAUUGGUAGAAUGACUGCCCCGGUAGAACGAGAAGUAUGCGGUUGGGGCUACUAUGAAAUCGAACCAUCCGGAUAAGAAGAAAGAGAGAGAACGAGAUGGGGUGCCCGUCUCGGUGCCCAGCCAUGGCCAGACCACCCGUUCCAGGCUCCGUCGUUGUCCCAGACUGGCACGAGAGCGCCGAAGGCAAGGAAUACUUGGCGUGCAUCCUGCGAAAGAACCGGCGGCGGGUGUUUGGGCUGCUCGAGCGGCCAGUGCUGCCCCCAUCUGUGGCUGUUGACAUGGCCAGCUACAAGAUCUUUGUGUCCGGAAAGAGCGGUGUGGGCAAGACAGCACUGGUGGCCAAGCUGGCUGGCCUGGAGGUGCCCGUGGUGCAUCAUGAAACCACUGGUAUCCAGACCACUGUGGUAUUCUGGCCCGCCAAGCUGAAGGCCAGCGACCGUGUCCUCAUGUUCCGCUUUGAAUUCUGGGACUGUGGAGAGUCAGCACUCAAAAAGUUUGAUCACAUGCUCCCCGCCUGCAAGGAGAACGCCGACGCCUUCCUCUUCCUCUUCUCCUUCACCGACCGUGCCUCUUUCGAAGACCUGCCUGGACAGCUGGCCCGGGUGGCAGGCGAGGCCCCUGCUGUGGUCAGGAUGGUCAUCGGCUCUAAAUUUGACCAGUACAUGCACACAGACGUGCCAGAGCGGGACCUCACCGCCUUCCGCCAGGCCUGGGACCUGCCCCUCCUGCGGGUGAAGAGCGUGCCAGGGCGGCGGCUGGCCGACGGGCACACCCUGGAUGGGCGGGCCGGGCUGGCCGAUGCUGCCCAUGUGCUCAACGGCCUCGCGGAGCAGCUGUGGCAUCAGGACCAGGUGGCAGCCGGCCUGCUCCCCAGCCCCCCAGAGAACACACCUGGCUGAGGGCUGGUGCUCUCAUGAACGGGCACCUGUGAUCCCCACUCCUGCCCCUGACGCAGAGCGCAGGCGUCAGGGCCAAAGGCUGAGGUAGGAGCAGUGACUUCACCCGGAGGCCUGGCCAAGGAGGGUGGCAGGAUGGAAAGGCCCCACCCCCGUGCCACAUUCCUGCCAGAAGUCAGGGGUGUGAGGUAGGGACUCAGGUUCUGCAGCAGAGAACUGAGGACAUCUAAGCACCUUCUGGACUUUUCCCUUCGCCCUUCAUGGACCAGAUUUCUGGAAGUUGAAAAUCUUUAUGGGCAGGGCCCCAGGUCCCAAAUGUGUCCCCAGCUCCCUUCUGCAACUCCAUGGGACAACCCAGGGAGAAGGGAGUGCCUCUUCUGGGCCUUCAGUCUCAUGUGAUGUUCUCCAGGAGCCUGUGUAUUGUUUAAGAUCACAUAUCUGCUGUUCCAAAUAAAUCCUGAAUUCUCCGUG